AUGGUCUUGAAUCGGCGCCUCUUCCAGCAUCCGGCCAUGUACCCUCAGAGGCGGCAAGAUAUCACACAAAAGAAUGUCGCGACAUUGUUUGAAUCGAAAGACUUUCAGGAUACUGUCGCCCAUCGACUGUCCGAAGCGGUCCAGAUACCGACCAUAACUUAUGAUAGCAUGGGAUCUGUUGGAGAAGACCCUCGAUGGAAAGUGUUCUUUCAAUUGUCGGAUUAUCUCAAGAGGACAUUUCCUAAAGUAUAUGAGAUUCUCACAGUGGAAACUGUUAGUACACAUGCAAUGCUAUAUACCUGGCACGGCUCCAAGGAAGAUUUGAAGCCGCUCCUAUUUAUGGCCCACUCUGACGUUGUCCCCGCUGGCAUCUCGACUACCGCCGAAUGGUCUUACCCUCCCUUUUCGGGCCAAUACGAUGGGGAAUUUAUAUGGGGACGAGGGUCAGAGGACGACAAAUCCAAUCUCAUUGCGAUGCUCACUGCUAUUGAUUGUCUACUUUCUUGCGACUUCAACCCACUUCGAACCCUGAUUCUUGCGAUCGGCUUCGACGAGGAAGGGGGAGCUGAUCGAAGCUAUGGUGCUCGUUGCCUCGCAGAGAUCCUGCUAGAGAGGUACGGCAAAGAUGGUGUGGACUUGAUUUUUGACGAAGGAAUCGCUGGCAUCGAGAAUCGCUUCGGCACCGACUUUGCUCUACCGACAACCGCCGAGAAAGGCUACGUCGAUGUGACGGUCCAAAUUAGUGUCCCUGGAGGCCACUCUUCGACACCUCCGGAUCACACUGCUAUUGGCUUCUUGGCUCAAAUCAUCAGACUUAUCGAGGACCAACCUUUCAAAUCUCAACUCGUGCGGCAAAAUCCGACGUUGACAUACCUCAGACAGGCAGCUCUCCUAUCCAAGAACAUGCCCGAAGACUUACGCCACGCCAUAUUGGGUUCCAGAUCAUCAAAAAGGCUACUGGAGUAUAUGGACGACGACCGUGAAAGACGUGCCAUGGUGAGAACAUCUACAGCAGUCGACGUGAUCCAAGGUGGAGACAAAGUAAAUUCGCUGCCAGAGAAUGCUACAGUACUGGUCAAUCAUCGAAUCGCAAUUCAUGACUCUGUUCAGGCAGUCAAAGAUCACUAUAUCGCACUGCUCUCUCCUUGGGCCAGCAAAUGGCAUUUCAACCUCUAUGCGUUCGGCGUGAAGCAGCGAAAUCGGAAAAAUAGCAUGACUCGGCUGGACAACAACAAUGACUGCGGUGAUCUUAGGCUCACGGCCGCCUACGAGCUUGACCCGUCACCUGUAUCUGAUGUCGACGACGCCAGCUUCGGGUGGCUGUCCGGUACAAUUAAAGGCGUUUUUGGAGAGGACAUAGUCGUUGCUCCGGAGUUGCUGAGCGGAAACACGGACACUCGAUAUUACUGGGAUCUAUCGCCACAUAUCUACCGCAUGUCACCGUGGCGUGCAAAACAUGAUCCACGAGGAACACGCAUGCAUACAGUGGAUGAAAGGAUGCCAGUCAAAGGCCUCUUGGAGAUGGUCAAAUUCUACCAUGAGUUCAUUCGAAUUGUGGACGAGGUGCAAAGGUAG